AAUGGCUUCCCUUCUGGCAAUGGCCGACCCUCUCAAUUAUCAGUUGGUAAGCUAUAGUCGUCAGGCCACCCAUGUGCGUCGCUGGUACGCAUCAGCAGCAGCAGCACGCCUAGUCAUCUGAUAAGAGUAGAGAGAGGCCGAUGGCAGCACGUAGAGCAGAGCAGACGAGAUUAGCUUGAUAGAGAGAAUGAGAGAACGACAGAGAAAGGCUCAGGUCAGAUGUUCCCAACCGUGAAGGCGAUGCGAAGCUAGUCGAAGGUAUCGAUCGACUCUCGAGCGUCGGACCGUCCGUCCCACGGGAAGGCCCCUCCGAUUCUCUGUAGCUACUGGCAGUGCAUUUCCAAUUGCGAAAGGGCCCUUCAAUCUUCCAACUUCCAAGUUCAAGGGGGCCGGAGAUCCCUCCAUGCUCUCGGCUGUGUUUCUCUCUGUUGAGCUAGUUUUUUUUUUUAAUUCUCCAUUCGACUGUCGUUCCCCACCCCCCUCCGACUUGAAAUAAGAAAUUUUGCGGCAUUUCAAUCCGAUUACCGUUUCGUAGAAGGGAGAGCGUAUCAGUUUCUGUUUUUGACUCGGCUCAAAAUAUUCGUGGAAGAGCGCGUAUUAGUUUUCUCGAGAUGUCGGACUAUCGGCUUCGUAAGAACGCGCGGGCGCUCCCUCCGCCCGCCUCCGAAAGCAGCGCUCUGAUUGGCGGCCGCUACCGCCGGUUGCGGGUGAUCGGUCACGGCUCGCACGGCAGCGUGUGGGAGUGCGAGGACCUCCACACUUCGCUCCGCGUCGCGUGCAAAACGAUUCCGCUAGCACGGGUCGCUUCCGGCGCAGCUCCUGCCGGGGUUCCUGCCGUGAAAUGCGGCGCAUCUGGCGCUCGAAACGCUCUUCCUCACGCGCCGCACAUCCACGAUGUCUGCACCGAAAUAUCCGCUUUAAAGACCGUCGGCGGCCAUCCGAACGUGGUGCGACUCGUCGACGUGGUAGUAGGCUCCGCCGAGGCGCACGUAAUUAUGGAGCUCGCGUCGGGAGGGGACCUCUUAACGGAGCUCAUGCGGAGCGGCCCGCUGGACGCGCCGCUCGCAGCUACAGUGUUCCGGCAGCUCGCAUCGGCUGUCGCGUUCUGCCACGCGUGCGGCGUCAUGCACCGCGACAUCAAACCCGACAACGUGCUGCUCGUGCGCCCGCUGCCGGCAGCGAUGACGUCAUCAAGAACUACAGUGGUGACGUCAGCGGUCGAAGAAUGUGGGGCUCCGGCGGCGGAGUUACGAGCGGAAUCCCGCGAGGGGAUGGCGGGCGGGAGGUUCUCCGGAGGGCUCGCGGGGGAGAGGGGGAGGUUUGCGGGGGAGAGGGUGUUGGGGGAGAGGUUUAAGAGGCGGGUUCCUGGAAGCGCAGUGCGGGCGUUAGCUAACCGGUCCAACCAGGCUCUGACGAGGGUCGACAGCGGCUGUAGCACCGGCUGUAUCAGCAACGGUAGCAGCAGCAGUGACUGUAGCAGUGACAGCAGUUGUAGCAGCAAUAGCGACUGCAGCAGCGGUAGCGGUUGUAGCAGCAGCGGUUGUAGCAGUGUUGAGGUUUGCUCUUUCCCUGGAAGUUUGGAUGUAGCAGCUCAUAGCAAUCCUGUACGUGGCGAUUGCAAGGCCUUGUAUCGAAGAGACGUUAUAUCGGAGCCUUCCUCUCCCGUUCGCUCCAGGCGUUCCCCGUCACCUCCCGAUGGGAUUAGGGGGCAGAAUGCGAACCGUCGGUGUAAUAGCGAGGUCAAUAUUUCAAGUACCCCGGCGAAUGCCACCAAUUACAGCAGCAGCAGCAGCACCAAUGGCAGCAGGACUACCACAGGGAAUGCAGCAGCCGACGGAGAGCCCUUAGGUCAGCAACAGCAGCAGCAGCAGCACGCUGGUUCGGGAAGGGGGAUUCUCGGAGCGAAAAUCGCGGAUUUCGGCGUGGCUGCGCUCAUGCGCGGGGGGCUCUCCGCCCAACGGCAGGACAUGGGCGCGGGCACGCGCGUGUACAUGGCGCCUGAGAUGACCUGUAGCGGGUCAGCUUAUAACGGGGGUGUUAUGGGGGUGGGAGCUUAUGGCAUGGGGCGGACUCCUGGCAUGGCAGUGCAUGCGGUCGAUGCUACCCGUGGUAUGGGGGCAAUUCAUGGCAUUAGCGGCGGCGGCGGCGGCGGUAGAUAUGGCUUUAAAGCUGAUGUCUGGAGUAUGGGGAUGACUCUAUGCACGAUGCUAACCGCCAGGAUCCCCACUCUGCCGUUGGAUUUCGAGCACGAAGCGUGGAGAGGUGUGCCGGAAGAUGCGAUGGAUCUGGUCCGUCGGAUGCUGGUGGUGGACCCGGAUCGACGGCUGAGCUCGUUCGAGGUGUUGGAGCACCCGUGGCUGAAUCAGACGGCCGUUCGAUCCUUGGACCCUGCUGUCCGCUGCCCCCACCUGCUCUCGCCCGCCCUACCUGGCACGAGUGGUAACCAGGUUACGAAAAUCGUCUGCAUGUAGCUGCUGACCCCACUCCUCGUCCUUGGACCCUGCUGUCUGCUGCCCUCACCUGCCCUCGCCCGCCCAGCCCAGCGAAACCAGUGGUAACCAGGUUACACGGAUUGUCUGUGCGUAGCUGCUGAGCUGUCUGCUGUAACUGCAUGAGACAGAGGGAACAGAGGAAGGGAGUGACGUCACCUCUCCUCUCCCAUUCUCUUCCAAGAUACGGGGUUUCACCCGCUCACUCCAGCUUCACCCACUCUAUUCCCAGCUUUCCCCCACUCCUCCCACUCCUCCCACUCCUCCCGCUCCUCCCGCUCCUCCCACUCCUCCCGCUCCUCCCGCUCCUCCCGCUCCUCCCGCUCCUCCCGCUCCUCCCGCUCCUCCCGCUCCUCCCGCUCCUCCCGCUCCUCCUGCUCCUCCCGCUCCUCCCGCUCCUCCCACUCCCCUCCACCCCAUCUCCUCUUUCUCGAUGCACCUCCUCCCGCCAUUCAGCCUGGUCUUCCCCACUCCAUCUCCCCCUCACCCCACCUCCUCCUCCCCACUCCUCCCACUCCCCUCCACCCCACUCCACCUGUUACCCAAUGCACCUCCUCCCCCCAUUCCGCUUCGUCUUCCCACUCCUCCCAUGUCCCCUCACCUGACCUCCACCCCACUCUACCUCUUCCCCACUGCACCUCAUCUUUCCCAUUGCAACUGCUCUUCCCACUCCACCGCACUCCACCCCACUCCACCACCCCACACCACUUCACCUCCUCUUCCCCAUUGCAACUGCUCUUCCCACUCCACCGUACUCCACCUCACUCUACCGCCCCACCCCACUCCACCUCUUUCCCUCUGCCCUCUCUCCCCCCCACCCCACCUGCUGUCCCCACUCCCACCCCACGGAAAAACAUGUAGGAUCCUAGUAUCGGCGCCCUGCAUCUAAGGUCUGAGGGUGCCUGCAGCUGCUUGCUUACACACAGGGGAGCAGUGACAGUUUUGAGCACUACGCGCUGUGUCCGGCUAUAGUUUGGAUCCAGGCAUUCUGCCUUGGAGCUGCGCGGCAGAUGUGUGUCGGUGGGGAGGGGUUGCAAGCUCAUUUGUAUUGCAAGAGUCCAUCUAUCAUUUGAAAACUGCAAGCUGUGCCCGGAUAAACUGUAGUAUGAUCCAGGCAUGCUGCCUUGGAGCUGCGCGGCAGAUGUGUGAGGGUUGGGGUUGCUGCAAGCUCAUUUGUAUUGUAAAAGCCCUCUAUUUCUUGUUAUUGAACAUGAUGGGUAUGUGAUGUGAACACCU